AAAGAGAGAGAAAGAAAGAGAGAAAGAGAGAGAAGGAGAGAAAGAGAGAGAGAAAGAAAGAAAGAAAAAAGAAAGAAGGUACUGGCUGGGAAAAAAUAAAAACCUGAUUCAGAGAAAAUCUGAAAUGAGCAUUAUUGGUUUGAACAAUUUAAAAUUGUUUACUAUACUGUUUUAAAAUGAGAGCUCAGUGUGUAGCAUAUCUAUUGUAAAGAUGUAGUUUGUGUCAUAAAUACCUAGAUGUAAAACUUCUUAUCUAGAAAAACAAAUAUUUCUCUGUAUUGUGUCCAGACCUGCAGUGCAAAACAAAAGACUUACUGAGUAUUUAAUAUACUGAGUAUUUAAUACAGUACUUUCUGCCUUUUUGGUUUUGUGUUUUGUUUUGUUUUUCUUCCACUUUGCUGUCAUCCAGAGUUCACAAUCUUUUUUGCAGAACUAAGGACAUCAUGAGAAUCACAAAAUUACACGGCCUGGCUAUUCUAGUGACAGCAGGAAUCACUGGUGCAAUCUGGUACCACUACCCUUUCUCCCCAGCCAGAGGCCAGGAACAGGCAGCCUCCCCUGAAGGGGAGUCAGUUCUAAAAACAGAGUUAUAUGAAACAUCUCUGAUUCUUCCAUGGAGGCAGGAUGUGCUGGUGUUGACACCGUGGCUGGCUCCAAUUGUCUGGGAAGGCACGUUCAGCAGAGACAUCCUGAAUGCCCAGUACCUGCAGAAGAACUUGGUCACUGGACUGGUCACUUUUGCUGUGGAAAAAUAUGUCCAGUUCGUAGAAGGGUUCAUGAGAUCUGCCAACAAAUACUUCCUUGCUGGGCACCACGUGAAUUUCUACUUGUUCACAGACAGCCCCGAGAAGAUCCCUCACCUGCAGAUGGCCCCUGAGAAUGACCUGUUUGUCAUCCCUGUCCAGAACGACUCCAGGUGGCAGGACAUGCCCUGGAGCCGCAUGGACACCCUCAGCUGGUACAUCCAGAGGCAGUUCCAGCACGAGGUGGAUUACCUGUACUGCCUGGAUGUCAACGUGCAGCUCCUGGCACACGUCGGCGUGGAGAUCAUCGACGCCCUGGUGGCAACCAUCAGCUCUUGGCAGGUCAUCCCACAGCACGAGGACAGAGCCCACGAGCCACAGGCUGCCACCCCUGGGGGACAAGGGGACUUCCACUACACAGCAGGGUUCUACGGGGGCAGCGUGGCCGAGGUGUACGAGCUGACCCGAGCCUGUUCUGAAGGGGGGAUGGAGGACAGAGGAAAUGGGGUCGAGGCUCGGUGGCACCUCGAGAGCCACCUCAACAGGUACCUCCUGCACCACAAACCCACACGCCUGCUGUCCCCAGAGUACUACUGGGACACAGAGCUGAGCCCCAGCGUCAUCCAGGUGAGGAGGAUGUGCCCUGUGCACAAGGCAAGCUCCUGAAACAAAGAACUGAACAUUUCUGUUGCCGUGUUUGAACAACUUGGAUCACUGUGUGCACCAGCCCAACCAGCUUUAGUUAUUCUUGUCAGAACUCUCAGGAAUCUGUCAAGCUUACUGAGACAGAAACAGUGCUAAAUUAAGAAAGAGGAGCCUGAGAAGCAGAAUACCAAGAAUUAGAUAAAAG